AUGAAUGACACCACCUCCAAAGAAGGAAAGGACUUUCACCAGGUUGGUGUCGAUAGAGUGGUCGAUGAAGACGUCGAGUACAAAAGCGUGAGAGAGCAUGUCAAUUCAAUCACAAUUUACACAUGGACCACAGCCAUCACUGACAUGAUCAUCUCCACUUAUUUUUUUUGGGGUUUUGUUUUCUCCAAGAUAAUGGAAGUUAGAGUCCAAGGGUUCUGGUUUCCUUUGUAUGACGGUACUGACCAUAGGAUGACAUAG